UCCUCCCCUCCCCCCCACCCUCGCCCCAUUUAUAAAUCCGCCUCUCGGCUUCCUAAAAGGAAAGCUUGAAUUAAAAAAGUGCCCACCAAAGCUGCCUCUGGGAGGGAAAAAAGAAAAGAAAAAAAUAAGCCAGGUGAAAAGGGGGGAAAAAGCGCACUCAGUUUCCAUGGACAACCCGUCCAUUAUCACCCAGGUGACUAACCCCAAAGAAGAAGAAAUCCUGUCUUGCUCUCAGGAUAAAGUGUCCCAAUGUAAUCUCAGUUUGAAAAAGCAGAGAAGCAGAAGCAUCUUUAGCACUUUUUUCUGCUGCUUUCGUGACUACAAUGUUGAGUCUCCAUCUCCUAACAGCACCACUGUCCUUCCUCCAUUGGUGGAAGAAAAUGGCGGGCUUCAAAAGGGUGACCAGAUGCGGGUCAUUCCCAUUCCAAGUCCACCAGCUAAAUACCUCUUGCCAGAAAGGACAAUAUCCGAUUACGGGAAGAAAUGUGUGGUCAUUGAUCUUGAUGAAACAUUAGUGCAUAGUUCCUUUAAGCCAAUUAGCAAUGCUGAUUUCAUUGUUCCCGUUGAAAUCGAUGGAACUAUACAUCAGGUAAGAAGUACUACUUGCAUUUUUAUAUGGAGGUGGCAACUUGCUUUGCACCUGUCUAGCAUGGCCAGAUUUUUUGGCAGAGGAUGAAGUUUUGGAGUUGACAGACAGGUUAAAAUUAGUGAGAUUGGGAGAUUGCAGAGUUUCAAUUUGAAAGCUAGCAAUAAGAUGAUAAGAAUUACUUUAAACAGUAACAAUAACUGGUUCAACACAUAAAAGGAUAUUUUGCUGCCUAGUCUUCUUGUCAUAGCCUUAUCCAGAUAACUUUCCUGCUGACCACGACUAUUUCCGGAGGUUCAGAUGUCAGUCCUAGCUGCUAAAAGUCCAGUUUUUCAAAUACAUGCAUCUAAAAAAGGUGGAUUCCUAUACAGGUAGUCUUCGAACUUACAACAGUUCACUUAGCGACUGUUC